CCCUCCGUGAGGAAAACCCACUGCAGCGGUCGGAAGCACAAGGAGAAUGUGAAGGAUUACUACCAGAAAUGGAUGGAGGAGCAGGCUCAGAGCCUGAUUGACAAAACAA